GCGCAAACCAAAGCGCAAAAGCGAAGGUAAAGAGAGAGAAGGCUGCACCCACCCCGCUGGAUCUCUACUUCCUUUCAUUCUCCCAUACUACGUACCCUUCCAUCGAGUGAAUGCGAGCUUCGUUCAGUCUCUGGAAGAUGGCGACAGACACCGUACUCGAGGGCGUCUUCGCCAUCAACAAGCCGUAUGGCAUGAGCUCCGCGCAGGUGAUCCGCGAUUGCCAGACGCACAUGAACCCUUCGGCACUGUUUAAGCCGCUGAUUGAAAAGGACCUCGCCUCCAAGAUGCGUGAGCCCAAGGCCGAAUGGAAGCGUCGUCGGGCCGUUAAGAAGGAUUCGCGCGUGAAGAUGGGCCACGGAGGGACUCUCGACCCAUUGGCAACUGGCGUGCUCAUUCUCGGCGUCGGAUCGGGAACCAAGUCCCUCGGCUCCUUCCUCGACUGCAAGAAGACCUACGAGACGGUCGUUCUCUUCGGCGCAAGCACAGACACCUACGACCGCGUCGGCAGGAUACUGAGCAGACGGCAAUACGACGAGAUCACGAGAGACAAGGUCGAGAAGGCAUUGGGCGACUUCCGGGGCAAAUUUCAGCAGAUCCCGCCUCUGUACUCGGCCCUCAAGAUGGAGGGCAAACCCUUGUACGAGUACGCUCGUGAGGGCAAGGCCAUCCCUAGAGAAAUCGAAGGACGAGAGGUCGAGGUGACGGAGCUUGAAAUGGUCGAGUGGUACGAGCCUGGCACGCACAACUACAGAUGGCCUACGGAGGAGGCAGAGGCUGCCGAGAAGAACCUCGCCGAGCAGGUCUGGCGAGUGGAGAAGCAGCAGGGAUCCGGCCGUAAACUGACUCCCGAUGAGGAGAAGGAGGAAGAAAGGGCCCUCUCCGAGCAUGAGACUGUUAAGAAGAAGUUCGAGGAGCGCCAGGACGGCCUUAUCCGUGAUAAGCCCGCCAAGAAACAGAAGCCGCCCAAGAACCCGGCCCUUAUGUCCGGUGCCCUGGGACAGCUCCCAGCCGGCAAGGGCUCCAAUCUCAUUCCCCCGCCUCCGUCCGCCGACGAGCCGUUCCCCUGGACCGACAAGGGACCGCCCGCUGCCCGGAUCCGUAUGACAGUCACCUCUGGAUUUUACGUGCGUAGCUUCUGCCACGACCUCGGCGCCAAGGUCAAUUCGGCGGGCUUAAUGGCGGAACUGGAGCGUUCGCGACAGGGCGACUUCGAGGUCCGCACUGACAACUGUCUGGAAUACGAGGAUCUACUCAAGGGAGAGCAAGUCUGGGGUCCCAAGGUGACGCAGAUGCUGACCGCCUGGUCCGAGAAGUACCCCAACGGAGCGCCCCAGGUGCCCCAGAGGCGACAGAACAACCAGGAGCGACAGAACCAGAGCCGCAAGCAGGACAGAAAGCGCAAAUGGGAGGACAACAAGAAGUUAGACAAGAGCGACGAAAAUGGCAGGAAGAGAAGAAACUCCAGCUCGGGAGAUGAGGCGCCUGCCUCCAAGGUUGCAAGGACGGAGGAGUCUAAGGGGUCGCCCAAGACAUCACCCAAAGGUUCGCUCCAGUCUUUCCCAAAGGGUUCUCCCAAGGUGAAGGCAGCUGACACAAAGAAGAAACUGAAGCCUGAAGAAAUCGAAUGGGAGGGCUUCCAGGACUAACUUAGCCUGGGGCUUUGACGGAUGAAAGAUGCGCACGUGGACGACGAAGACAGUGGUACUAAAACAAAACAUUCGAGCUGCUCGACUGUAACUGGGACAAGGGCAUGGCGUACGGAGGCUCCAUUUAGUAUGACCCGAAAAGCAUUGCGGACAGGCUUGGGGCAGUAUUCGCCGACACCAAGAGGGAAAGAGAAAAGGAAAGAGACAAAGAAAGAAAGGGUUUGCUUGUUGUUGAUCGGCUGAUCGUCGAUAGAUGUUAAAAAGAGAAUGUGUUACAGGU